AUGGAGCUGAUCUUGUUGAAGGACUUCAGUCUUGAGGCAUGUUCUUCUUUUGACAAUGACUCGUUAAACAAAUUAGAAAUUUCUUCUCUUGCAUCUAGAUUCUGCUCAGUUGCAUAUCUCCAGCAAAUCUGGUGGUUUGAAGUUGAUGGAGAGGUCGAGUUCCCAUUUCCAUCAGGGACCUAUAGUCUAUUCUUCAGGCUGCAGUUAGGACGGGCCGGCAAGAGAUUUGGUCGUCGAGUCUGCAACUCCGAGCAUGUCCAUGGUUGGGAUAAAAAGCCCGUUCAAUUCCAGCUUUCAACUUCGGAUGGUCAGAAGGCAAUAUCCCAGUGUUCUUUGAAUGAUCCUGGAAAAUGGAUUCAUCACCAUGUGGGAGUUUUUGUUGUUGAAAAUCCCCUGCAACAACAAAAAUCAAAUUUUUCAAUGACCCAGAUUGAUUGCACACAUACUAAAGGUGGUCUCUGUGUGGACUCUGUACUAGUGUACCCAAGUGAGUUUAGAGAAAGGUUGAAGCUUUUUUAGUAGCAAUUACCGGUAGGAGACAUCUUCAAUGAGUCUAAAACUACGUAGUAGGGCAACUGUACUCAAGUAAGGCAGUGAGAUAUAUUUUUGUUCCCACUGGUUCACUCGUUAUUAUAGAGCUGGUCAUUUUCCUC